CUGGUGAACCCCGACACGCUGGCCGUGCUGCUGGCCGAGAACAGAACCGUGGUGGCGCCGAUGCUCGACUCGCGCGCCGCCUACUCCAACUUCUGGUGCGGCAUCACCGCCCAGGGCUAUUACCGCCGCACCCCCGCCUACCUGCCGAUCCGGCGCCGGGAGCGCCGGGGCUGCUUCGCGGUGCCCAUGGUGCACUCCACCUUCCUGCUGGACCUGCGGCGCGAGCGCUCGCGGAGCCUGGCCUUCCACCCGCCGCCGCCCGGCUACAGCGGCGCCUUCGACGACAUCAUCGUCUUCGCCGCCGCCUGCCGGCACGCCG